AUGUCCAACACGGUGCUCAUAAUUGAAGAUGACCCCCAUACCACUGAACUGGUCCGUCUUUACCUGUCCCACGACGGCCAUGAGGUCUUGUCGGCGUCUACCGGUCCCGAGGGAUUGGCCCGGGCCCGCGAAACCGACCCGGACCUGGUGGUGCUGGACUUGAUGCUUCCGGGCCUGGAUGGGCUAGAAGUCUGCCGCUCACUCCGGGCCGAGUCGAAUGUGCCCAUCGUGAUGUUGACCGCUCGGGUUGAAGAAGAGGAUAUGCUCACCGGAUUGGGUUUUGGCGCCGACGACUACGUUACCAAGCCCUUCCGGCCCAGGGAACUGGCCGCCCGUGUGCAGGCUGUGCUGCGGCGCACCGGCCGCGACCUUUCGGAAGGCAGCGGGGCAGAACUCAUAAAUGGCCCCAUACGGGUCAGCCUUCGGGAGCGGUCUGUUGCCGCCGCCGAAAGCCCCGUUUCCCUGACUCCCACCGAGUACCGAAUUCUGGUGUUGCUGAUGCGCGAUCCCGGCCGCACUUUUCCCGGGAACAGAUCAUAG